UUGAUACAUGCAUCGCCGUCAAAGCGACUGGUCAUAAUGGAUCAAGUAAUUGUACUGAGGGUAUGAGUGUGACUUGUGACUGUAUAAAACUCGGUGCUGAGGCUUCUGGAAGUCUAUGAUAUUUGGAGUGGCUACAGUUUCAAGAAGCUAUAAUUACAAAAGCAGACAACCUUUCUGUGCCGAAAAGCACGAUUCAAGACUUUUGGCUCAAAGCGAUCAUCGUUUAGAAUUCUUGUGUUCCAAACUUUCUUGACUCCAUAAUUCCUACAGAGUUCGAGGUUUCUGGGAUGAAGACGUCUUGGUCGUGCAGCGUUUGAACAUUUUUGUGCACAAAGCCUCUUUGCUUCAAGGGUCAGUGAAGUUCUUUCAGUCCGCGAAGUGUGCAUCUUUCAAGGAGAAACCUUCGAAAAUUCAAAGUUAAUUGCUGGAAGUCAAUUGGUAUACCAAGGUCUGCCGUGAAUAAUGCUUCAGAGAAAAGCUGGGGAAGCGAAGGCCGAUGGUUCCCUCGAUGGUCGGAAGGUUUCCAAAAUGGACAGGGGCGGAGAUGGCAGGAAGGUGUCCAAAGUGGACUGCGGCGGAGAUGGCAGGAAGGUGUCCAAAAUGGGUGGGUCACUAGAUGGUCGGAAGGUUUCUGCUGUUCGAGAUAGCGACUCGCCUUUCAGAAACGAAACCUCCGCCACCGAUUUUGACAAGAGAAGCCUGGCAAGUGCCAUGGGGACAUCAUUAGCCGGUUACCUAGCGACAAAAAGGUUUGCCCGUAAACUUACAUCUCGAAUAGGUGGCGGGAGCUGGGGAAAACAGUCAAGGGCUUCGAAUGUGGACACACUAUUCCAGAAGGAGCCAACUUACCGCUUAGAACCGCGAAAGAAGUUCUGUUCCGGUACGGUAAGAAGCAUUAUAAAGGCUACCCUGGACGGACGUCUGGAAGGUUUUCACUACUCCGCCCAACACGGAGCUGUCCUCAGCAAACUUCUCAGUGAAGAGAUCAAAGACAAGGUCAAGGCACUCAGCUUGGAUCGGUAUAAGAUCGUGUGCCAAGUGGCAAUAGGGGAGAAAGCUGGCCAGUGUGCUAUAGUCACAAGCCGAUGCGUCUGGGACCCAAACUUUGACAACUCGGCCACAUACACUUUUGAAACCCCCUCAGUAUACUGUACUGCCACCGUCUUCGGAGUGUACAGCGAAUAGGAGACAAUAGAUAGUACACAUAACAUUUACAGUGUUCUAAGUGGACAACGAAUAGGAAACAUUGGAUAGUACAAAUAACAUUUACAGUGUUCUAAGUGGACAACGAAUACGAAACAUUGGACAGUACACAUAACAUUUACUGUGUUCUAAGUGGACAACGAAUACGAAACAUUGGACAGUACACAUAACAUUUACAGUGUUCUAAGUGGACAACGAAUAGGAAACAUUGGAUAGUACAAAUAACAUUUACUGUGUCCUAAGUGGACAACGAAUAUGAAACAUUGGAUAGUACACAUAACAUUUACAGUAUUCUACGUCGACAACGAAAAUAGGAAACAUUGAAUGGUACAUGUACAUACAAUGCCGCGAAUGUACAAAGCAUUGGACACGUGACUGAAUAUGUGGGUAGCCAUAUGUUUGUCAGGUUGUCUGCGAUGAACUGCGAAUAAAAAAUCGACUGCUAUCUAUUGUUAUUGAACUCUUGGGGGUUUGGGUAUGUUAUAGGAAACAAUGGAUAUUAUAAAACAGUCAUAUGAAAAGAAAUCGCAGCAUAUUCAGAUCGAUCAGAACUUUGACAAAUGAACGUGCGGAAAACCCAUUUGCUUGACAAAAAUAUUUGCUCAACAGUGGGUGGAACCGGACUACAGUGAUUGUGCGAAUGGUAGAUUGGCGGUUGGGUUUAAUGUGGCUUAUUUUUAUUUAUUUAUUUGAUUGGUGUUUUAUGCCGUACUCAAGAAUAUUUCGACAGCGGUCAGCUUUAUGAAUUGAGGAUAUUGGGUAGAGCCCAGGGGAAACCCACGACCAAUUGCAGGUUGCAGACAUGCCUUGCCGCGAUAUACAGCCGGAGAGGAAGCCAGUAUGAGUUUGUCUCGGACUCACAGAGACCGCAUUGGUGAGAGGCUCCUGGGUCAUAGCGCUAACCACCUUGGCCAUGGAGGCCCCAAUCUAGCUUACCAGUGCAUAACCAACCGACGUGACUGUCAAUGGCAUGCUCUUGGCUCAUCAUUUGAACAUGGACUGUAUCAUUUUCUAGUCGCCAAGACCAUUGCAUUUCACAAAGGGUCAUUAUAUGCCUUGAUUAACGGCACGAACGUAGAAACUUCAGAAUCGUCCCGAUCUUCACAGUUCACAGUUCAUGACCAAUCGGCUUUUAAAGUUACAGAUCACAAGUUUACCAAGUAGUUCGAGAUGAAGAAAACAUAAAAAUUACAUAAAGUUCAGAUGAAAGAGUGCGGAAAGUUAGCUGUAAAUGUGGUCAAUAUUUUUUUCGAUUUGCUAUGACGAGUAUUUGAGACAACCUACUGAUAUAUAUAUUCUUUGUGAAAUGUUUAAAUGCGGACGUAACACAUGUUUAAUAAACAUAUUCCGUCUUUUCAGCUAACAAAUGUGUUCAACUUCGA